AUGAACUCAUCCGUUCAAAUCCAGCCCCCAACAUUUGGAAACCUAAUCACCAUUCUCAGCAUUGAUGGAGGUGGUAUCAGAGGGAUCAUUCCUGCAACUAUCCUUUCAUUCCUUGAAUCUCAACUUCAAGAACUAGAUGGUGAGGACGCAAGACUUGCAGAUUAUUUCGAUGUGAUUGCUGGAACGAGCACCGGUGGCUUGGUGACUGCAAUGUUAACUGCUCCUGAUGGAAAUAACCGUCCUCGCUUUGCUGCCAAAGAUAUCAGGCCAUUUUACCUAGAGCACAGCCCUAGGAUUUUCCCACAAAAGAGGGGCAUAUGUGGAGCAAUUAUAACCAAGCUAAAAUCAGUAACAGGACCAAAGUAUAAUGGGAAGUACCUUCACAGGGUUGUAAAUGACAAACUUGGAGAAACACGGUUGCGUGACACCUUGACCAAGGUUGUCAUUCCAACUUUUGAUAUUAAGCGUUUGCAGCCAACCAUUUUCUCAUCUUAUGAGGCCAAAAACUCCCCGUGUUUGGAUGCUCGAUUAUCUGACAUAUGCAUCGGCACUUCUGCGGCUCCAACUUAUCUUCCAGCCCAUCGCUUCAAGAACCAAGAUAAACAAGGAAAUGUUCAGGUGUUCAAUCUCAUUGAUGGCGGUGUUGCUGCAAAUAAUCCGGCUUUAGUUGCUGUAAGCCAAGUAACUAAGCAGGUCUUCCAUGAAAAUCCAGACUUCUUUCCCAUUAAUCCGGUGGACUAUGGUCGGUUUUUAGUUAUUUCCCUAGGCACUGGAUCAUCAAAGAUUGAACAGAAAUACAAUGCUAAAAUGGCAGCUAAAUGGGGUGUUUUGAACUGGUUACUUCAUGGAGGUUCCACUCCACUAGUAGAUGUAUUUACUCAAGCAAGCGGAGAUAUGAUUGAUCUUCACAUUUCUGUGGUCUUCCAAGCUCUUCAUUCCCAAGAUAAUUAUCUUCGAAUUCAAGAUGAUACACUAACUGGGACAGACUCUUCAGUUGAUAUUGCUACAAAGGAUAAUUUGGAGAGACUUGUGAAGAUUGGUGAAAGGUUGUUGAAGAAACCGGUUUCGAGAGUAAAUUUGGGAACAGGUCGCAGUGAACCAGUUGAAAAUGGUGGCACAAAUGAGGAAGCUCUGAAAAAGUUUGCGAAAUUACUCUCGGAUGAAAGGAGACUCAGACAGUCAAAAACACCACACGUCAACAAAGGCUCGUAUUAGUAGGAUAAUCAUUUGUUCCUUAUUGGUCAUGUGGAAGUGUGUUGCGAAAUUACUCUCGGUUGUACCAAGUGAUUUACUUGCUUUGAACUUCCAAAGAAUUUAAGGUUGUCCAUGUGUUAGGAUUUGUGGAUGUGGACAAUUUGUGGAGUAUCGUAAAUCUCGUUUGGUUUGUGUGUACUUUUAUUUAUUUUUUAGUCGAUAGUGUGUCAUGUGUGUACAAUCUUAACACCAUGUACUCUUACCAUUUAUUUGAAAGUCAGAAUAAAUAUUGAAUGCUGAUAUUGGUGCUCCACCAACAGACUACGGCAUUUCACCCU